CCCCCCCAAAAAAAUCUGCUAGAAUUACGGAACUGCACAUGCACAUCAAAACAGUUUUGUUUUAAAAAUAGCAUGAUGCUAUUUCCCGUAAAUUUACCCAUGAAGGAUAUUUAUUGGUCCUUCACUUCACUUAUUACAAAACAGAGUGCUGUACUGGACUCAUGAAUGUUUUUCCUAUGAAAGAAUAAAACAAUAUCCCCUCCCGUGCUGGAAAACACUAGUGUGUGUAUUUACCUAUUUGUGAUAUACGGGAAAAGAGCUACACUCGCGCUGUCCCGUCUCCAUAUCCGCUCUUGUCCAACUUUUCCUUAAAAUCAUGAAUGUUUCUUGCACAAACCGCUUCCUCCUCCAGCCUAUUCCAAAGCUCAAUGCUUCUGUUUGGGAAGCUAAACUUUUUCACAUCUCGCCUACAUGUGGUCGCCCUCAACUUCUUUCCAUGUUCUCUCGUUUCUCUCUCGUUCCACACACACAGGUCCUCUCUGUCCAAAUGCUCCCCUCCGCUCGCCACCCUGUACACCGCUAUCAGGUUUCCUCUUUUUCUUCUUCUCCCCAGGGUUGUGAGCCCCAUGCUAUUGAGUCUCUCCUCUUAAGUCCGAUUUCUAAGUUCUGGUACCAUCUUAGCUGCCACUCUGCACUCUUUCCAGCUUUCUUAUGUUCUUUUCGUGAGGAGACCAGACCACUGCUGCAUACUCCAACCUUGGCCUUAUCAUUGUAACUAUUAUUUUCUUCAUCAUCUCCUCGUCCAAAUACAUGAAUGCCAUCCUUAUGUUCCUCAGCAAAUUCAUAGUUUGUCCCAUUAUCCUGUUGAUGUGUUUGUCCAGUGACAUGUUUUCUGAGACAGUCACUCCCAAGUCUUUUUCUUCCACUCCUCUGCAUAUUAUCUCACUUCCCAUGUGUGUGUGUGUGUGUGUGUGUGUGUGUGUGUGUAUUUACCUAGUUGUGAAAUACAGGAAAAGAGCCGUACUAGGCUCGUGCUGUCCCGUCUCUAUAACACUUAUUAUCCAGUUUGGCUUUAAAUUCAUGAAUCGUUUUUGCACACACAGUCUCCUCGUCAAGUCCGUUCCACGAUGUUAUGCUUCUGUAUGGAAAACUGUAUUUCUUGAUGUCUCUCCUACAGUCGCUCUUCUUCAAUUUCUUACCAUUGCCUCUUGUCACACUUCUGUCAAGUACCACUAGGUCUUCCCUGUCCAAUUUCUGCAAUCCCUCUUGUAUCUGUACAAUGCUAUUAGGUCCCCUCUCUCUCUCUCUUCUUCUCUCCAGUGUUGUUAGUCCCAAUUUCUCCAGUCUUUCUUCAUAAGUAUGUUCUCUCAGAGUUUCUGGUAAUUUAGUCACUGUAUUCUUUCCAACUUUCUAAUUUCUUUCUUCAAUCUAGGUGACCACACUAAUGCUGCAUAUUCCAGUCUUGGACGUAUCAUCGAUGUUAUUGGUUUCUUCACCAUUCCUUCAUCUAAAUAUGUGAAUGCUGCUUUUAUGUUUCAAAGAAGAUUGUAUGUUUCCCCAGUUAUCCGGUCUAUAUGUUUUCCAAAGGAUAACUUGUCUGUUAUGAUCACUCCCAGAUCUUUUUCUUCAUUUUUUUUCAUGAUUCUUUCAUUACUCAGAGAGUAGUUCCCCGAUAUUCGUCUACUGCUCUAACCAAACUCCAUCACGUUACACUUCUCUGUAUUGAAUGUCAUUUCCCAUUUGGGUGACCAUUCGCUUAUUCUAUCGAGAUCCUGGCUCAGGGUUACACAGUCUUCUUCAUUAGCCACCCUCCUCAUUAUUUUAGCAUCAUCAGCAAACAUAUUCAUAUGGCUUGUCACCCCUUCUGUCAUGUCAUUAAUAUAUAUUACAAACAUAAUCGGAGCCAGCACUGAUCCUUGGGGGACUCCACUAGUCACUUCCAUCCAGCUUGAUUUAUUAUUCCUAAUUACUGUUCUCAUUUCUCUCUUCGUCAAAAAGUCCAUAAUCCAAUCCAACAUUGAACCACCCAGACCUCCAACAUGAUCAAGUUUCCAUAUUAAUCACUUGUGUGGUACUUUAUCAAAUGCCUUCUUUAAGUCCUGAUACACACAAUCUGCCCAACUGUCCCUUUCCUGUAUUAUAUCAAUUACUCUUGAAUAGAAGCUCAUCAGAUUAGUUACACAAGACCGUCCUCCUCUGAAUCCAAAUUGGCUAUUUGUUAAUACACUGUUUUCUUCUAAAUACUCCAUCCAUCUGUUUUUUAUAAUUUUCUCACACAUCUUUGCUACUACACUUGUUAAUGACAUUGGCCUAUAGUUCAAUGGGUCUUCCUUACUUCCUCCUUUAUGUAUUGGGAUGAUGUUAGCACUCUUCCAGUCUCUUGGUACCUUCCCUUGUGCUAGUGAGACAUUAAUCAAGUUGCUCAACUUUUCAGCUAUUUGCUGGUUACACUCUUUUAGCACCCAAUUUGAUAUACCAUCCGGUCCUGCUGAUUUCCUCACAUCCAAUUCUUCCAAUAAUUUUCUAACUUCAUCUGCUGAUGUUUGUAUUCUCUCCAGACUGCAUCUACACCUUUAAACUCACUCUCCCUUGUGAAUACUGUUUGGAAACUGUUAUUCAUCACUUCUACUAUUUCACUUAUACCAUCAAAAGUUUCACCAUUAACUUUAACUUUCUGAAUCUCAUCUCUAUUUUUCAACGUUCCAUUUAUGAACUUAUAAAACAGUUUUGGCUGGUCUUUGCACUUAUCUACAAUAUUUUUCUCAAAAUUCCUUUUUUCUUCUCUUCUUACUUUGACAUAAGCAUUCCUCUUCCUUUUGUACUCAUUCAAUAGAUCCAUCCACCUAUUUUUUCUCCAUUUGUUCCAUGUCUUCUCCUUAUCCUGCUUGGCAUCUACUCACUUUCUAUUAUACCACUCUUCUCUUGAUUUCUAGCCUUCUUCCAUCCUUGGUACCCACUUUUCCACUCCUUCGUUGUAAAUCCGUAGAAAGAUCGCCCAUUUUUCCUCCACAUUAUCAGCCUCAAAAUAAGUAUCCCAUUGUGCUUCCUCAAAGUGUUUCCCAAGUUGUUCAAAAUUUGCCUUAUUAAAGUUAAACCAUUCUUUCCUGUAGUCCUCAUUCCUGAUUUUACGUCAGCAAAUCACUAUUCUGCUAGAGGGCGCUUCCCCAUGAGAUACGCUUUGCUGCCUCACACCACCAGUUGCUGAGUCGUUUUCACGCUGACCAGAUGUGCUGCUCCCGCUGUUCAUCUACCCUGAGUCAAGAGUUGGCGGCCUUCAUCCCGUUAUCCUUUUUGGAGCGGCAAGGCUUCGCCACAGCCUGUUAUCCAUUUAGGAGCUGGCUGCAACACCACCCAUUACCCGUGUAGGGGCAGGUGAGUGCCCAUCCUGGUGCACACGUGGAGUUUACGACUCCCUGCCUGCUGGUGAGCUGCCUCGAGGACUGGUGAGUGCCCAUCCGGGUGCAUAUGUGGAGUUUACGACUCCCUACCUGCUGCUGAGCUGACUCGAGGACUCCACCUCACGCCGCCAUGUCUGAUGUCCCGAGCGGUGCCCACAGUACUCGGCUGUCGGGCAUGGAGGUAACCCCUGGCCAUAGCAAGGAUGUGAGGAAAGAAUCCUCGCAUAUGGGAGGCUCAUCUGCGUCCAGGAGCGACUCUUCCCACCGGGAUUGUUCUCGAAAGAGCCGACAGCAUGCCCGGGAUCACGUGACUGGCAGUGGAGGCGAAUCUGCCCCUCCACCUAACCUCUCUCUGCCUUCCACCUCACGGGAGGAAACUAGUGCUCUGGAUUGGAAGCUGCUGAUGGACACUUUGCUUGCCUUGCGGGGCGAUGUGGAGAAGUUGAAGGAGAGCAGCGGGGCUACUGGCGGGGGCGCUGAUGUCGCUGCCACCCUUGACAGUGUAAACACGCCCGUGGAGGUGCCUUGUUCUGGUUCGGCCGCGGGGUUUUCUGGGUUUAAGUCGCCUGACCAUCAUGUGUCUAGUGAUGACGAUGACUCUCAAGAUGACAUUGUGCCAGGUAGUGUCCUCCUGCAGUGCGCCAAGACUUAUGGACCUGUGGACGAUGUUUCUGUUGACAUUGACAAGCAGGUCGCAGACAUGGUGAACCAUGUGUUCGACAACGGCUUGCGAGACGAGGAGUACAAGGAGAUUUUGGAUGAUGACUCUGCCAGGAGGCCUGGUAACUGUCACGCUUUGGCUCCUGUAGAUUGUAACUCGCAAGUUUUGGAUGCGCUGAAGGCAGAUGCCAAAAAGGGGGAUUUUCGCAUGAAAGAGGUAAGCAAGGACAUCAUCAAAGCUGCCACUAUUCUGACUAAGUCCCUCACAGUGCUGGAUAGGAUUGCCCAGGAUGGCCGUCCAGAUGUGGCCCAUUAACCCUAUAUUGCCCAGCAUGACGAAUUCGUCAUGUAACUUUCUAUUGACUCAGCACUGGAGAGAAUUGCUGUAGUUGUUUCUGUGGCAGGUCUGACGAAUUAGUCUAGUCUCCCUCUUUAAAAAAAUAACACUUGGUAACUGAUUGGCUCUGCAUUUGGGCGCCAAACCUCAGUCAGCUGAUGGACACAAAACAAGAUGAGAAGGUGAAGAGUUUCUCCUCACAUUUUCGAUCAUGGAUGAGUUAUUAGGUAUGUGAAUGGUCCUUUAUAUUUUUUUUCUGAAUCACAAAUAGUUCUAGAUGAUUAGAAAUAAUUUGGUUUAUCGUUUUGUGUUGAAACUAUGAUUUCUUGAGCAAUUAUAUAAUGGUGACGAAUUCGUCAUAUUAGUCACAUGGAUACUGACAUGUGAUAUGUGAGGAUAUGAUUCCUGAUAACAGGGGAUGUAGUGUGUUUAUAUAGUCUUACCUGUGGGCCAGGUUACGAGUCCUGUUCAGUUUCUUUUUAUUUUAUAAUAGUUUACGCUCAAACUUAUCCGUUUUCUUUGAUAUAUUUAUAAUUAUGUAAUGGUACACUGAAGUAGGAAUGUAGUGAGUUUUCUUGCAUGAUUUGUUCCUAGUGUUAUCGUUUCUGCUUAUAUUUCCAGGAAUAAAUGCAUCGCUGUUUUACACAAGAGUCAGAAACAGGGAGCUAUGUAGAGAAAACACGGGAAUUGUGCCAAUUGAACAAGAUAAUGGGCUUAGUGAUGAAUCUUCAGACGAGUCUGAUGGGGACAUGGGUGAUGCUGAAUUCGAGUCACCUGAGACAGGUGACAUCGAUCUCGAUGCAGCAGGUGGAGAAAGAGAUCAAGCCAUGCCAGAAGACAGGAUUGGUAAUGAAAGCAUCACUGACGAGACUAUUGUUCUGCAAGUUGAAGAUUUAGAGGUUAUUCAGGAUCCUUCUACUCUUCCACCAACUUCCUCACACACUACGGGCACUAGAGCACAAGCAUCCAAGCCCUCAAGACGCCUGCUGUGGAACAAAGUAUCAGACGGAUCCCCUUCUCCAAUGCCAACAUUCAUCCCUAGUGAUGCUGAAGUCUCAAACAAUAGUGACUCUGAUGCAUAUUUAGGAAACCCAGUAUGGUAUUUCAAAAAGUUUUUCACACCAGAAUUCUUAGAUAGUAUAGUCUACCAGUCUAAUCUCUAUGCUUCACAAAAAAAUGUAAACAAACCACUGAACCUUACUAGGGAUGAGCUGGAGCAAUGGCUUGGAUUACUCAUUCAUUUCACCAUAAUCAGAACUCCCCAAACACGCUUGCACUGGUCUGGAGAGCUAUUUGGAAGGUAUAGAGACUAUACAGCAAUGGUCAUGAGCAGAAACAGGUGGGAGACUAUAAAAUCAAACUUACAUAUUCGGGAUAAUAAUGAUGAUAUAAACAAUGACAAGCUUUUCAAAGUCAGACCAAUGUUAGAUCAUUUGAGGAAGGAGUUUCAGAAACUUCCCAUGCAACAAAAUAUCUGCAUUGAUGAGCAGAUGGUGCCCUUCAAAGGAAGGCAUCAGCUGAAGCAGUACCUUCCUAUGAAGCCCAAGAAAUGGGGCUUCAAGAUCUUUGUACUUGCAGACAGUGGGGGUCUCAUUCAUGACUUCAUUCCUUACACAGGCUCUAUUCAACCUUUGAAUAAAAAAGGUAUUCCAGACCUUGGUGCAUCUUCAAACAUAGUGUUGCACUUGGCUGAGACAAUACGAAACAAUAGCAACCAUGUCCUUUAUUUUGACAAUUGGUUCACUUCAGCUCCACUUGUAAAACAUCUGGCUGAUAGAGGCAUCUGGUGUUGUGGGACAGUUAGGCCAUGCCGGCUUCCAGGGCUAAAAUUAUCUUCAGAUGCUGACAUGAAGAAGAAAGGUAGAGGCACACAUGAGGAAUGGAAGUCGUCUGGUGAUGACAGAGAAGUGACAGUAGUCAAAUGGUUGGAUAAUAAAGGCGUGACCUUGCUGUCCACCUUUGCUAACAGUCAUCCAUCUCAUACUGCACAACGGUAUGACAAAACAAUGAAGAAAGUAAUAGAGAUCCCACAACCAAAUAUAGUCAAGUUGUACAACAAGAACAUGGGUGGUGUGGAUCUGGCUGAUUGCCUUCUGUCAUUGUACAGAAUACCAGUGCGAUCGAAGAAGUACUACCAUAAACUUGUUUUUCAUAUGAUUGACAUGACUAUCAAUCAGGCUUGGUUGAUGUAUCGAAGGGACUACGAGAAGAAUAAGAUCCCACUGGAGAAAAGGCAUUCCCUACUCUCUUUCAGGAUGUCUCUUUCUGAGUCACUCAUCAAAGCCGGGAAGUAUGUCCCUAAAAGAGGUCGUCCAUCCUCAAGUCCGACGACGGAUGAUAAACCACAGAAAAAACGCAAACAGUUGAGUCAAGUCAGACCACAGAAUGAUCUGAGACUGGACAAAAUAGGUCAUUUUCCAGAGGUAAAAAAUCCUCGCUUGUACUGCAAGCGACUUGGAUGUAAGGGUCGCACAAACAUCAGGUGCAUCAAAUGCAAUGUCAACUUGUGCCUAAAUGACAAAAAUAAUUGCUUCCUGCAAUUCCACACCUAAGACAAUCUCUCUCUCUCUCUCUCUCUCUCUCUCUCUCUCUCUCUCUCUCUCUCUCUCUCUCUCUCUCUCUCUCUCUCUAAUCUUGAUGAAAAAAAAGGAGAAAUUUUUGUCUUGUUUACAUUAUGGAAACUGAUAACAUUUGCACAUUUGUGUUUUUUCUAACCAAGGAAAGUGUUUGUGGUCCAUAUAGGGUUAAGUAGGCAUGCUGAAUGGUGCUCUGGCAUUGCUUGGUCAUGCCAACCAUAGGAACAAUCUGGCCCGUCGUUUCGUCAUCAAGCACGAGAUUAAUCAGAGGUACUCUCACCCGUGCUCCGACAAGGUGCCUAUGACUAGAUUUUUGUUUGGUGAUGACGUGUCCCAAUCUGCCAAGAACACAGAGGACUCUGAGAAGCUGAAGAACAAGAUCAUUAUGAAGAAACCGCUACCCACUUGGAAAUUUGGUGCGGGGAAGGUCAGAGGCUCCUUCGGAAAGUUUCCCUACAAAGGAUUGGCAUCCAGGUUCCACCCUUAUGGACAGCGGACAUAUGGACACCGGAGUGAUCACCGGCAGCCCUACUCACGGCAGGGCUCGGAGGCAAAAAACUCGCGAGGCCGGGGACGCAGCAAUCCCCGGCAAUAAAUCAGGUGGGUCAUACAUUUGAAGCUGGCAGACUUCAAUACUUUGUGAAUGAGUGGCAUACAAUAACAAGUGACGCUAUUAUUCUGGACAUUGUUGCCCAUUGCCAUCUUGACGUUUCUGUAGCUGACAUUGGUCCCUUGUUUGCUGAGGAUAUUGAGUAUGUUUUUAGUGAAGAAGAACAGUCUAUUAUUUGUCAGGAAAUUGUGAAACUGCUAGAGCUCAAGGUGAUUAAGGAAACCCACAGACAGGAAGGGCAAAUCCUUUCCCCCAUUUUCUUGCAUAAGAAGGAUGGAGGGUUUAGAUUGAUCCUUAAUCUGGAGAAACUUAAUCAGCACAUUCCUUACAAACACUUCAAGAUGGAAAACUUUGAGCAAGCGAUUUGGCUUAUUAAUAAAGAUGCUUAUAUGGCCUCUGUCGAUCUUAGACAUGCAUACUAUUCUGUCACUAUAGCGGAAGAGCAGCAAAGGUUUCUGUGCUUUAAAUGGCAAGGAAAAAUCUAUCAGUUCACCUGUCUUCCCAAUGGCGUUGCAGAAGGUCCUCGCCUUUUCACCAAAUUACAGCAAAUAUUCAGCUGUCAACAUCAAGACUAAAUUCAAAUCUCUCUGAGUCCCCUGUUUUUCGUCCCUGCCGUUUGGCGCUGCUUUGCACAUAUGGCACCUCAUUUAUUUUAUCCAUUAUAUUUCACUUUUGGAAUGUUUGUCAGCCACAUUAGAAAAUUCA